AUGAACCGAAGGCAGUCAAGAAGAAGGCACACGAAGUCAACGAAGGUUCGAUCGUUCUUCUGGCUGAAGGAAGAGAGUCUGAUGGCUAUUGAUUUUUCGUCGAUUGAUUCGCAAUCGGUGAUGGCCGCCGACAUUCGAAUUAGGCCGAAGAAGAGGAAGGGAAAGGAGAAAACAUUAUUCGUGUUUGGGAAGAUCGAUGUCAAAAAACUACAGUUGAAAUGGUUGCGAGCACAAAUGGGACUCGUAAGUCAAGACCAUGCGCUAUUUGGAACGUCGAUUUGA